AUGGAUACUAGAGACCAUCGGUACAAGGGUGCAGAUCCUUUGGGUGCAUGCAGGCGCAGUAGCGUAGCAGGCUGCUGGUGUCAUGGCUGGGAACUGAGUGAGGCUCUAAAGGAGAAGCUACAGUGGGAACUGCAGGCUGACCAUGUGGAGGUGAAAGACACGUUCCCCAAUCACUGCUCCACCAGCUUCAAGGUCACGGUGGUGUCACCUAUGUUUCAAGGGAAACCUCUGCUGCAGAGACACAUGUAUAUGAACAGCUGCCCGGUCGAUGAGCUGAAGAUCAUUCACACCUUUGACCAGAAGACUGACACUGGCUCAGUGGGAGCAGGAAAAGCAGAAGUAAGACCUGAGCACCUUCUUACUGCCAUAACCAUCCUCAGCGAUGUGCCUUUCCCCAUUUUACUGUGGACUGUUGUUUUCAGUAGAAGGAUGCUGGCUGUGUCCUGA